AUGCGUCUGACUGUGCAGGUCGUUGCGAGGUUUCGACCGCAGAACAAGGUGGAAUUGGGAUCGGGAGGACAACCGAUUGUGAAAUUUGAAAAUGAAGACACAUGCAGCAUCAACUCUCAUGAGGGGUCGGGUGACUUCACCUUUGACCGCGUGUUCCCCAUGGACUCGUUGCAAACGGACAUCUUCGAGUACUCCAUUCGCCCAACGGUUGACGAUAUUUUGAACGGUUACAACGGAACAGUGUUUGCCUAUGGUCAGACUGGUGCAGGAAAGUCGUAUACGAUGAUGGGUUCGGAUAUCGAAGACGACACCGGGAAGGGUAUCAUUCCACGUAUCAUCGAGCAGAUCUUCGCCAGCAUUUUAACGAGUCCGAGUAACAUCGAAUACACCGUCCGCGUUAGUUACAUGGAAAUCUACAUGGAACGGAUUCGCGACUUGUUGGUCCCCCAGAACGACAACCUGCCGGUUCACGAAGAGAAGUCGAGGGGUGUUUAUGUCAAGGGACUUGUUGAGGUCUAUGUGUCCAGUGUGCAAGAGGUUUAUGAGGUUAUGCGCCGUGGUGGUGCGGCCAGAGCUGUGGCAGCUACCAACAUGAAUCAGGAGUCUUCGCGGUCCCAUUCGAUCUUUGUCGUUACCAUUACGCAGAAGAACCUCGAGACCGGAUCCGCCAAGAGUGGUCAGCUCUUCUUGGUCGAUUUGGCGGGUAGUGAAAAGGUUGGCAAGACCGGUGCCAGUGGACAGACGCUUGAGGAGGCAAAGAAGAUCAACAAGAGUUUGAGUGCUCUUGGAAUGGUCAUCAACGCACUGACUGAUGGAAAAUCGACACAUAUUCCGUACCGUGACUCCAAACUUACCCGUAUCUUGCAGGAAAGUUUGGGAGGUAACUCGCGAACAACCUUGAUCAUUAACUGCUCUCCCAGUAGCUACAACGACGCUGAAACGAUUUCAACCCUGCGUUUCGGUGUGCGGGCCAAGUCGAUCAAGAACAAGGCGAAGGUGAACGCAGAAUUGAGUCCGGCAGAGUUGAAGCAGCUCCUACGGAAAGCACAGACACAAGUAACGAGCUUCGAGAAUUACCUUUCAGCACUGGAGUCCGAAGUCCACGUAUGGCGAAGCGGCGAGAACCUUCCUAAGGACCGAUGGACACCAGCUCGGAACGAGACCAUGGCCAUUGCGAAGGCCGAGAAGCCACGGCCAGCUACGCCAUCUCGAUUACAAGAGGUUCCUCGCUCCGAAACGCCGCGCCCCGACUCGAGGAUGGGAGACCGCUCCAGCACGCCUAGUCUUGUACUGGAGAAGGACGAAAGGGACGAAUUUUUGAGACGGGAGAACGAACUUCAGGAUCAGAUUGCGGAGCGGGAGUCUCAUAUCGUAAAUGUUGAACGGAAUCUGCGUGAAGCUCGGGACGAGCUGAAGGGUCUCAAGGAGAACUCCGCACGCUCGGGUAAGGACAAUGACAAGCUGAACAAUGAGAUCAAUGAACUCCGUAUGCAGCUGGAGAAGGUGUCUUACGAGGGCAAGGAGGCAUCGAUCACCAUGGACAGCCUUCGCGAGGCCAACGCGGAACUCACGGCGGAAUUGGAUGAUGUCAAGCAACAACUUCUUGAUGUGCGCAUGAAGGCUAAGGAGACUACUGCUGCUCUUGAUGAGAAGGAGAAGAAGAAGGCGGAGAAGAUGGCCAAGAUGAUGGCUGGUUUCAACCUUGGUGGCGAGGUCUUCUCCGAUAACGAGCGCAAGCUUCAGGACCUCAUCAGCCGGGUGGACUCACUACACAGUGUCAGUGAAGCUGGUGAGACGAUUGCGCCGGAUGAUAUUCUUGAGCUCCGGGCCAGUCUCCUGGAGACCCAGGGCCUCAUCCGCCAGGCGGAACUGACCAUGAACGACCGGGGCGAGCUGGGCGAGCUGCAGGACAGCCGUAGAGCGGAAGUGGAACGGAAACUGGCGGAACUCGAGAAGGAGCAUGAGAGUCUUCUGGAGCGGAACUUGGGUGAAGGCGAUGUGACCGAAAUCCGUGAGCGACUAGAGAAACUCCACGUCACUCGCAAGGAGGAUGAGAUCCAGGCAGCUGAACAGUUGCGCGAUGAAAUAACUCGCAAGGAUAAGGAACUCAGCAAGUUGCACCAGUCGCUGGCGGAUUCACAAUCUCGGGUUUCUACGAACGGUGCCGCUGGCAAGAAUUUGCAGCAGCAGAUUGCUGAGUUUGACGCCAUGAAGAAGUCGCUGAUGCGUGAUUUGCAGAACCGCUGUGAGCGAGUGGUGGAGCUCGAAAUCUCGCUGGAUGACGCGCGCGAGCAAUAUAACAACGUACUGCGGUCGUCGAACAACCGCGCUCAGCAGAAGAAGAUGGCGUUCUUGGAGCGCAACCUGGAGCAGCUCACCCACGUGCAACGGCAACUGGUUGAGCAAAACAGUAGUUUGAAGAAGGAGGUUGCGAUUGCGGAGCGGAAGCUCAUUGCUAGAAACGAGCGGAUUGCCAGCUUGGAGAGCCUGCUUCAGGAGAGCCAGGAGAAGCUUACCCAAGCCAAUCACCGAUUCGAAGCGCAAUUGACGGCUGUCAAAGAGAGACUGGAGGCUGCAAAGCAGGGCUCGACGAGAGGGCUUCCUACCAUGGAUGGUAGCGGCGGGUUCAGCUUUUCUGGCUCGAGAAUCGCGAAGCCACUCCGUGGCGGAGGAGGAUCGGAGAGCAGUGCUCCCAACUCGGCUGUCGCAGGAGUCCAAUCGCAGGAAACGACGGGAAAGCGCACCAGCUGGUUCUUUGAUCGACGAUGA